AUGUACCGGGACAUGGAGUCACUAUGUACCGGAACACGGAGUCACUAUGUACCGGAACAUGGAGCCACUAUGUACCGGAACAUGGAGUCACUAUGUACCGGAACAUGGAGUCACUAUAUUCCGGAACAUGGAGUCACUAUGUACCGGAACAUGGAGUCACUAUGUACCGGAACACGGAGUCACUAUGUACCGGAACAUGGAGCCACUAUGUACCGGAACACGAAGUCACUAUGUACCGGAACAUGGAGUCACUAUGUACCGGAACAUGAAGUCACUAUGUACCGGAAUAUGGAGUCACUAUGUACCGGAACAUUGAGUCACUAUGUACCGGAACAUGGAGUCACUAUGUACCGGAACACGGAGUCACUAUGUACCGGAACACGGAGUCACUAUGUACCGGAACAUGGAGUCACUAUGUACCGGAACACGGAGUCACCAUGUACCGGAACACGGAGUCACUAUCUACCGGAACACGGAAUCACUAUGUACCGGAACACGGAGUCACUAUGUACCGGAACAUGGAGUCACUAUGUACCGGAACAUGGAGUCACUAUGUACCGGAACAGGGAGUCACUAUGUACCAGAACACGGAGUCACUAUGUACCGGGACAUGGAGUUACUAUGUACCGGAACACGGAGUCACUAUGUACCGGAACACGGAGCCACUAUGUACCUGAACAUGGAGCCACUAUGUACCGGAACAUGGAGUCACUAUGUACCGGAACACGGAGUCACUAUGUACCGGAACACGGAGUCACUAUGUACCGGAACACGGAGUCUCUAUGUACCGGAACACGGAGUCACUAUGUACCGGAACAGGGAGUCACUAUGUACCGGAACAUGGAGUCACAAUGUACCGGAACAUGGAGUCACUAUGUACCGGAACACGGAGUCACUACGUACCGGAACACGGAGUCACUAUUUACCUAA